AUGAAUAUAUACAAAGGAGGUAAUCAACUAAUAUGGACGUCAGGGCCUCACCAAAAGUUGCUUCAUUCAUAUUUAAACCAAUACAUACAUACUAGCAUCGUAAAUAAAGAUAGAAAAAGUUCAACACUCUUUAAUACUACUAAAAACAACCCAUUAGUAGAAAGAUUGGAAGACAAGAACUCAUCUAGUGAUAAUGCUCUAAAUCCACACAUAAACAAAAAGUCGGAUUUUAUUCAGUACAUUUUUAAGUGGGGAAUAGGAAACAAGUUCCGUGCGGACCCCGAAAACAGAUUUCACCCUGUUCAUCUUAGUCGCUCCAAGGAAGUAACCAUUCGGAAAGACUACUUUGAUUCUGUUAAUGAAAAUAUUAAGUAUGAAAAAUUAAAUGAACAAUGGGAAGUUUUCUGGUUUGAAAACAACAAACUAAAUGCUAAACCAUUCCCUGUUAAGAAAUAUGGAAUUGAAUCAGCCAAAAAAGAAGCAAUCAAAUUUUACGAAUCCUUGAAACAAAAUGAUCGUAUCAAUACAAAGCCACAAUAUAAGUCUGGAAUAGAAGGGGUUCACUAUGAUGUUAUCACCAACUGCUGGAUGUCCUUUUAUCGAGAAAAGAACUUUCCUGUGUGUAGAUCUUUUUCGGCCGAAUAUCACGGGUUCGAAACGGCCAAAAAAUUGGCUAUAGAUAGGGUUAAUAAAUAUAAGCAAUGA